CUUGAACGUCUGAAUUCUCUACCCUUGUGAUGUCUCUAAAAGCUUAUCGCUUCUUACCGCCGUCACAUAUUUUUUAACCUUCAACAAGCUUAACUCUUACACUCGCCUUUGAUUCAGGAACUCUGGUUUGGCCAACCCGUCGUUUUGAAUAUAGGCAACAAUAUCAUUAUCAACACUACAACUAUGUCAACUACUCGUUACCGAACCCAGUCUCGUGCACGUCAAGCGCCUAACGACCAAUCGACCCUGAACGCGAAGACAGCCUUGCUGCCUCGCGCUAAUAGUGAGUCCUCUCUAUCUACCAUCUCUGCCCCUCCGGGGGAAGCAACGCCACAGGCGCCUUCCCCUGCGUAUUCUGUUGACACCCCCAUCCGCUUGUAUAGCGAUGUGGUGUUGACGCGUAUUCCCUCGAUGCCUGGCGCACUCGAGGCGACCCCUAUCGGGGCGUUGAAACCUUCAGGUCCGAAGCCCAGAAAGUCGGCUUUGGCAAGGGCAGACACCAUAGAAACAUCUGUAAACUCAGAAGUCAGUAGAGAAGAAUAUAAGAGACCCAGGGUCACCUUUGAUCUGCACGAUGAGUCUGAUCUAACGUCCAGUGAGAAAUCCACCGAGUCUGGUGACGACCAGCCUAGCGAAUGGACAAACAUUCAAGGGAAGCACGGGAAAAGAGUCCCGUCACACGAAGCCUCCGAAGAGAGGCGAGCUUCCUCUGAGUUGAGCCAGGAACAAGAAAACCUGGUAAAGUUAGCGGAGAAUGAGCUAACUGAAAACAAUCGUGAGGGUACCUCCCGGGACAAGGGAAAAGCUCCUGACCCCCGAAACUGGGGUGAUGUCGAGCUAGAAGACGGAGAAGUGGACCUUGACGCCCAAAGGGCGGCACUAGAGACCUUCCGUCUGGCCCGAGAGUACGAGGAAGCCGAGCGUGAGGAGCAAUGA